AUGUCAUCAAAUCCAGUGUCUAGUCUAUAUGGUGAUAUAAAAGACAUCAAAAUUAAUCACAAAAAAAAGAGCGGAAAUUAUGAAGGUAAAUUGCCAAAUGCGAUUGAAGGAGAAGUUGUAACUAGAUUUCCACCAGAGCCUUCAGGUUACUUACAUAUUGGCCAUGCAAAAGCUGCAUUAUUAAAUUUUUAUUAUUCACAAAAAUAUAAAGGCAAAAUGCUAUUGAGGUUUGAUGAUACAAAUCCUGCGUUGGAAAAUGAAGAAUUUCAAAAUAGUAUAAUGGAAGAUCUGAAGGUGCUAAAUGUCUCAUUUUACAGUUUAUCAUUUACAUCUGAUUAUUUUGACGAGAUAAUGAAUUAUUGCGAAGAAAUGAUUAAAAUGGGCAAAGCUUAUGCUGAUAAUACCCCAGUUGAAGUUAUGAGAGAAGAGCGAGGUAAAGGUAUUGAAAGCCAGAACCGUAAUAACACUGUUGAAGAGAAUUUAAAAUUGUGGGAUGAAAUGAUAAGUGGAUCAGAAGAUGGUUUGAAAUGUUGUAUUAGGGCAAAGAUUGAUAUGUCUUGCAAGAAUAAAUGCAUGAGAGACCCAGUACUUUAUCGUUGUAUAUUGUUACCACACCAUCGUACUGGAACUAAAUAUAAAGUUUAUCCAACUUAUGACUUUGCUUGUCCAAUUGUUGAUAGUAUUGAAGGUGUAACUCAUGCACUACGUACGAAUGAAUAUUCCGAUAGGAUUGAACAAUAUCAAUGGGUAAUUAAAGCCUUAGAUCUUCGUCCUGUCAAUAUUUAUGAAUUUUCAAGAUUAAAUUUUGUAUAUACUAUAUUGUCAAAAAGGAAAUUAUCAUGGAUCGUUAAUAGUGGGCUUGUAGAUGGGUGGGAUGACCCAAGAUUUCCAACUGUUAGAGGUAUUUUAAGGAGAGGUCUUACUCCACAAGCUUUACUGAAAUUUGUUAUUGAACAGGGUCCAUCAAAAAAUUCCAAUCUUAUGGAAUGGGACAAAUUAUGGACUAUUAAUAAACAAAUUAUAGAUCCAAUUAUUCCAAGAUUCUUUUGUGUUGGCCAAGAUGCCGUAGUUUUUAAUCUUUCAAAUGGUCCAGAAUUACCAGUUAUAAACGAAAGAGAUUUACAUCAAAAAAAUAAAGAUCUUGGAAAAGGACCAAUAACUAUGUAUAAGUCCAUAUUAGUUGAUAGAGAUGAUGCUUCGCUUUUUACUGAUAAUGAGGAAAUAACUCUUAUGAAGUGGGGUAAUGCCAUAGUUACUAAUCUCAAUAAUUUAAACUCAUCUUUAGGUAAAAUUGAUGGAAAAUUAAAUCUGCAAGGUGAUUUCCGCUCAACAAAAAAAAAGAUACAUUGGUUAGCAAAUCUACCCACUAAUCUUGUAAAAUGUAUUUUAAGAGAAUUUGACCAUCUUAUUAUUAAGAAAAAACCAGAAGAUGGCGAUAAUAUUGAGGAUCUUGUAAAUAGAAAUUCAAUGUUUGAGACACAUGCUUAUUGUGAUCCACUUGUUAAGAAUCUAAAACUAGGUGACAAACUUCAAUUAGAAAGGAGGGGUUACUUUAUUAUUGACAAGCCAUUUGAUGUAAACAAACCAGAUAAAGCAAUUAUUCUUAUAAAAAUUCCCGAUGGAAGAUCAAAGCCAUCAUCAAAUAUAAGUACAAAGGUUAAUUCACAAAAAUGA